CAGUUAUAGGUUAUACAGCGGAAACGGAAGUAGUUUGUUUUAUUUAUUUUUUUUACGUAAGAUUUACACACCGUGAAUUAAUUUUAACGGUGUAAAAUGCAAUAUACUGACGCGUUUACUGUUGUGUUAUCUUACACUUUUCUGGUGUUGAAUGUGUCACACGGAGUCGUAGCGCGUCUCUCUGUGAAGCUUCACAACACCACAGAAGGGGAAAUCACAGAGCUGUUAAAUCAGCUGUUUAAUCGGAGUUAUUACACUCAGGCAGAUUAUUUACAGGCCUGGAUCAAUUUACAAGACUCGGUGAAGCGCCAGAUGUUUCUAAACACACACUCGAAGGAUGUGAAGCACGCGGCUGUGUACGGAGUGAAUCAGUUCUCCGUGCUCUCGACUCAGCAGUUUAAAGAUCUUUAUCUCCGAGCUCAUUCCCACAAAGUGUCCAAGUACAGAUUUUUCCAAGAUGGCCGCCUCGGAGCGCUCGUUUAUCCUCGGAAGUUCGACUGGAGGGGUCAUGGCGCUGUCGGUCCUGUUCACGAUCAGAAAUCGUGUGGAGCAUGCUGGGCGUUCAGCGUGGUCUCAGCCAUCGAGUCCGUGCGAGUGAAAGACGGAAGAACAUUUCAGAGUCUCAGCGUCCAGCAGGUUUUAGACUGUGCGUAUGAAAGUAAGGGGUGUUUUGGAGGGUCACCUGUGACCACGCUCGACUGGCUCAAACAGAGCAGAGAGAAGCUGGUGAAUGAGACGGAGUACCCGUACAGAGCGGAGAAAGGAGUGUGUCGGGUUUUCUCUCUGAGUCACGGCGGUGUGUCGGUGAAGGACUUCACUGUCUUCGACUUCAGUGGACAGGAGCAGGAGAUGAUCAGGAGGUUGGUGGACUGGGGGCCGUUGGUGGUUGUGGUGAACGCACUGAGCUGGCAGGAUUAUUUGGGAGGAAUCAUUCAGCACCACUGCUCUUCUGGGCACGCUAAUCACGCUGUGCUAAUCAUCGGCUAUGAUAUGACCGGUGAGGUGCCAUUUUGGAUCAUCCGGAAUUCAUGGGGGCGGGCCUGGGGUGAUGAGGGGUACGCCUACAUCAAAAUGGGGGUAAACAUGUGCGGAGUGGCAGACAGCGUGGCCACGGUGUUCCUCUGACUCUCCCACAGGAUCACACACACACUUUUAUCUUCAGCUCAGAGAGAGCAUGUUUACAACCAAUUUACAGUCUGUGAUUUGUAAAUAAAUAAAUCAACAUUA